AUGUCUAAUGAACAUGAAUCCUUAAUCACAGCUGCUACUUGGUCUUUGGAUAAGCAUGUGCCUAGUCAUAAUAUCAUAGGAUACACUUCACUUUUUGUUCAGAGAAAGGGAAAGCGCCUGACCAUUGUUAUUGCUAAGCCUUGUUUAUCACCUGUUGAUGAUAAUGCUCAGUUGUUACCAUCUGAUGUCUCUCUGCUUACGAAUCCUACUGAUUACAGAUCCUUAGUGGGGGAAAUGUACUAUUUAACUUGGACCCGUCCAGAAAUAUCCUUUGAUGUGAACAAAGUAUAUCAGUUUAUGUCUGCACCAACUGAUAUUCACUUGGUAGCUGCUAAACAUAUUCUUCGCCAUAUCAAAGGUACUUUAGAUCAACUUUGCUUCACCAACGAUUGUUUAUCUCUUACUGGCUUCUCAGAUGAGGAUUGGGAUGACGUUUUGUCUGAUAGUCAUUCUAUAAGUGGUUUAUGUCUGUAUUUUGGUUCGAAUCCGGUCUCUUGGUGUGCUAAAAAGCAACCUACAUUCUCUCGCUCUUUCACUGAAUCUGAGUAUCAGGCACUUGUAGUUGCUUCCUAA